AUGUGGGAAAAACGUGUGGAAAGCAUCUGGAGUGGAGGAGAGUCCCUUUACCAGCUUGUUUCCUGUUCUAUUCGUGGUUGCCACCAGAUUUUCCCUUUGCUGCGCAAGCUUACCUGCCUGUGCAGGCAGGCAGGCAACCAGCAAGGAAGAUGCUGCUUUUCCCGGGGCCGAAGAAGUGCUGCUUACAGUGUAGUGCGGCCAGCUGCGGUGUCGCCUGCUCACCCGGUGCCCAAGCACAUAAAGAGGCCAGACUAUGUGACGACAGGCAUUGUACCAGCCUGGGGAGACGACAUAGAAAUUAAGAAUGAAGAUCAGAUUCAAGGGCUUCGUCAAGCUUGUCAGUUGGCCCGUCGUAUCCUGCUACUGGCUGGAAAGGGCUUAAAGGUUGGCAUGACAACUGAAGAAAUAGAUUCCAUUGUUCAUCAUGAAAUAAUCAGACAGAAUGCCUAUCCUUCCCCUCUGGGCUACGGAGGGUUUCCAAAAUCUGUCUGUACUUCUGUAAACAACGUGGUAUGUCAUGGUAUUCCUGACAGUCGACCUCUUCAGGAUGGAGAUAUUAUCAACAUUGAUGUCACGGUGUAUUACAAUGGCUACCAUGGUGACACUUCGGAAACCUUUUUGGUGGGCAAUGUGGAUCAAUCUGGGCAAAAGUUAGUGGAGGUUGCCAGGAACUGUCGAGAUGCAGCAAUUGCAGCCUGCGGCCCGGGGGCUGCCUUCGCCGUAAUUGGGAACACAAUCAGCUCUGUGGCGCGGCAGGGCGGCUUCAGUGUGUGCCCCAGCUUCAUCGGCCAYGGCAUCGGCUCCUACUUCCACGGGCACCCCGAGGUGUGGCACCACGCCAAUGACAGUGAUUUGUUAAUGGAAGAGGGAAUGGCAUUCACAAUAGAGCCGAUAAUAAUGGAAGGAUCCCCGGAGUUUCAUAUUCUGGAGGACAAGUGGACGGCGGUCUCGGUGGACAACAAGAGAUCGGCGCAGUUUGAGCACACCGUUGUGAUCACGCCGCAGGGAGCGGAGGUCCUCUCGAAGGUGGAGGGAGAAGGCUGA